GCACGCACGCGCAGCCCAGGUUGCGGAGCCUCGCUGAGACCACAACUUCCGGAGUGCUCCGCGUCCUCGCCGCCGGCGUCAAGACCACGAUGGCUGCGAGAGUCACCGCCUUCCUCAAGGAUGCCUGGGCCAAGGAGCCAGGACUGGUCGUGUCCUUCGCUAUCGGGGGCAUUGCUUUAAUUAUGCCUGUUCUCAGCCCCUACACGAAGUACUCUGUCAUGAUGAACAAAGCCACACCUUACACCUACCCAGUACCUCUCCGAGACGAUGGGAACAUGCCUGACAUACCCAGCCAUCCUCAGGACCCCCAGGGCCCCAGCUUGGAGUGGAUGAAGAAACUGUGAGCACUUCUACUGACAGGAAGGAGGUCCCCCUCUCCUGUGGCCCCCAAUAAAAAUGUGAAA